AUGAUUCAGCGAGAGUCACGCCUUCGAGUAGCCGACAAUUCGGGUGCACGAGAGGUUCUCUGUAUCAACUUGACCGGAUCUGGCAACCGCCGGUACGCCGGGCUAGGCGACGUAAUCACAUGCGCGGUCAAAGACGCACAACCGGGUGGAGCGGUCGGUAUGCACGAAGUAGUCAAGGCGGUCAUCGUUCGGACGUCCAAGGAAUACCGGCGGGUCGACGGCUCGUACAUCAAGUUUGAUGACAACGCCUGCGUGAUCGUUGCUGACGACGGCAACCCGCGUGGCACGCGCAUAUUUGGCCCGGUAGCUCGCGAACUGCGCGAGCGCGAAUUUAACCGCAUCGUGUCGUUAGCUCCUGAAGUUCUGUAG